AUGAAAACAGACGCAACAUCACCUCCAAACACUGAUGUGGUUAAUCCACAUUCAUCAUUACCAUACAUCCAUCGAUUUUAUCUUCUUUUGAAGGGACAUUAUUUUCUCCAUUUCUCCGCUUUCGGUAUCAUCUAUCCAAUAUUAAACAUCACAUUACGUGCUCGUGGUUUAUCCAAUGUUGAACUAUCGUAUUUUAAUAUCGGUAUUCCCUUUUUAGUCUUCGUGACAAAUCCACUUCUAAACUAUGUAGCUGACCUUACACGUCGCUAUAAACUAAUGUUUAAUUGCGUUUUUGCCAUCGCUACAAUCGCCUGUGUAGCUAUUUUCAUGUUACCACCUGUAAAAUCGCAUCAUAUUCAAGCGGAUCUUAUUGAUGACCAUGAACUUGGUCACGUCUUGGAAUUUUGUGCUAGUCAAGAAGUCGGAACCAAAUGUGCUUCAAGAACCGAGUGUGGAUGCUCCUAUGGAGCCAAUUGUACCAUCGUUGAUACGGUUUACCGAAGAAAUCCAAAUGAAAUGAAAACAUUUUCCUUUACGUUUUCGAUGGGUUUGAAGAAUACUUCCAAAGAAUUCAAAGAUGAUUCACGUUCGUGUGGACUUCAAUAUCGAGUGCCAGUCUAUCAACGUUUUGAUGCAAAUAAUUUCGUUCCGUUCCAAUCACCUCGUUUAGCAAUAUGUGAAAUAACUUGUUCUAUAGCACAUUACUGUCACGGGCCACGUCAUCCUGAUCAAACACGUGUUGUUAUUCUCUAUUCACUUUUAUUUGUACUGGCCGCCAACCUUUUGACAAACGCCAUUCCACUCGGCGUUGCAAUCGGUUUUUCUAGUUUACAUCGGUCGGAUAUUUUUGGAAAGCAACGUGUUUGGGGAACAAUAGGAUUUGGCAUAUCAGCAUUUCUCGCUAGCCGGUUAUACGAGGCCUUUCAAAGCGAAUAUGUUUAUGUAAUUUUUUUCAUGAUUAUGGCCGCUAUUUGCAUGGUCAUUACGGGUCUUGUUCGCAUCCAACCGGACAAAAGAAAACGUCAUGCAACAGUAGAAGAAGUUCUUGCUGAGGACGAUGGCCAAGUGACAAAGAAGAAGAAGAAUAAACCUCAAUCUACACUCUUUGAACUUAUUCCGCUGGUGAAACGAAUUGACGUUAUCGUCUUUCUUCUGCUGAUUUUCGUUUGGGGAAUGUCAUACGGUGUUCUCGAUCCAUAUUUGUAUUUGUAUAUUGAUGAAUUUGCUCCAUGUCAAUCCCGUUCGAUUGUUGGUUAUAUGUCGUUGGUAUCAGCUAUCGCAGAAGUUAUUGCUCUUUUCUUUGCCGAGAAAGUUUUAAAAUUCUUAGGAACUAAUGUUGCUUCGAUUAUUAUUCUAUUAGCUUUUGCACUUCGAUUUGCUGGCUAUUACUUUAUUCUUCAACCAUUUCUUUUACCCAUUGCAGAAACAAUGCAUUUCUUUAAUUUUGGUAUUCUCUACGUUUUGGUUCUUCAGAAGGCUGCUUCCAUUGCGCCAGCUGGACUUGUCGGUACACUUCAAAGUUUGUCCUUAGGAAUCAAUUUCGGUUUAGCUCGCGGUAUUGGACUGGUUGCAUCGUCAUUUAUCUAUACGCUCUUGGAACAACGUCUACUUUUCUUAAUCUUUGCCAUAUUUAAUGUCAUCUGUGCAAUCAUCUUUGGUCUUUACUUUCUCAUAACUAGAAAACAAUCAAAUGACCAAACAGAUCUAUCAAAGCCUCCCGUUGAUUCUGAUGUCAACGCCAAUGAAGAACCUCUACUGACGAGAACAACUGCAUAG